AUGAGCAGUCCGAAGCGCAGAAUCGAGACGGAUGUCAUGAAGAUGCUCAUGAGCGAUUAUGAGGUCACCCUGGUCAAUGACAAUAUGCAGGAGUUCUACGUGAGGUUUAAGGGGCCCGAAGAGACACCAUUCCAAGGCGGUCUCUGGAAAAUUCACGUCGAACUACCAGACCAGUAUCCUUACAAGAGCCCCAGCAUCGGCUUCGUCAACCGGAUCUUCCAUCCCAAUAUCGACGAACUGUCAGGUAGCGUGUGCCUCGACGUUAUCAACCAGACCUGGUCGCCGAUGUACGACAUGAUCAACAUCUUCGAGGUCUUUCUGCCGCAGCUCUUGCGGUAUCCCAACCCGACAGAUCCCCUCAAUGGGGAGGCCGCCGCCUUGAUGAUGAGGGAUGUGAAAGGGUAUGACUCAAAGGUCAAAGAAUACGUGGCGAAGUAUGCAUCGAAGGAGAACGUCGACGACGGCGCGGGAGACUCGAACGAUAGCGACGAAAUGAGCUCGGUGGGAAGUUAUGACGAAGACGAAGAAGACGAGGAGCCCGCUGGAACCAUGGACGAAGUAUGA